ACUCCCUCCACAGCAGCAACACGCACAUGCUCACUGUUAGACUGUGUGUAGAAACACAAGUUGCAGCUAAGAUGCUGCUUCCCGUCCUGUGUCUGUUCCUUGGCUGCCUGACUCCGUCUCAAGGAGGGCAUCUCAACAUCACCUGCAAGCCUUGUGUGUGUAGUGUGGCAUCCAAUGGAAAACUUAUCGCCAAUUGUUCGGACAAACAUCUAUCUUCCAUCCCCGAAACGAUUCCAAAUUCAGUAUCAUACAUGUGUUUGUCUCAUAACAGAAUUAAUCCUCUGUCAGGUCGUUCGUUUCAACGGUUCACCAUAUUGGAACAUCUUGACCUAUCCUUCAAUCAACUAAGUCGUUUACAAGUGGACACUUUUAUCGGAGCUACAAACCUGAUACAACUGAGUCUCCAUGGAAACAAUCUUCCGCUAAACGAGACAGCAUAUCCAGAGGGGAUAUUCAGACAGCAGAAAAGAUUGCGUACCCUGAACAUUGAACAGAACAGCAAGGUCCCAGAUUCAGUGUACCCAGAUAAAGCUCUGGGCGAUCUUACUGCUCUUCGGACACUUGUCAUUGAUGGUGUACGUAAUGCCACUUUUGGGAAUGGAUUUUCGAAAUUGAAGAAUCUUACUAAGCUUACGGUAUCAGGGGAAAGGGGCUACUGUUCAAUUCAGAAUCUGCUGAAUACAUCUUUCCUUCACAUUCCAUCUGUCAGGUACCUGGACAUCAGCAAAUGUGGAAUCGACUCUAUUGAAGCAAGUGCAUUUUGGCCACUGAGGCAUAUUGAUACUCUAGACAUCUCCAACAAUCAGUAUCUAGGAUUUGAUAGCCUUGGUGAAGCUCUAUAUGGGCUUCGGUUUUCAUCUCUAAGAGUAUUAAAGAUCAACAGGAUUGUGGCAACAUUUGCCAUAGGAGUUCACAUAAAGCAACACAAUUUCAGGUAUUUCACUGAUCUUAAUGUAAAGGAGAUCUAUAUGGAUUCAAACAGAGUGGAACUCAUAGAUGAAGAGUGCCUCAGUCAGACAAAAACAGUAGAACUGGUAUCCAUCAAACGCAAUAGAGUGACAUUUGGAUCCUAUCUCCUAAAUCUCAAUGUACUGACAAAUUUACGUAAAAUCUAUGUUGAAAACCAGUACGCAUCUAAUAUCCCUUUUGUUGAUUCUGGUACACCCCCAACUCCCUCCAAGAAUCCUAGGCUGCGUUCUGAGGCUCAACCAAUGGUUCAAUAUUCACGAAUAUGCACGCAUGCCUGUGAGGCAGAAUGUACCAAUAGCUCUUUGUACAGGAACUUUUAUAAUAGUUAUUACUAUAAUACAGGAUAUGAACAUUUUAUAGAUUUUGUUACAAUACAGUUGCCUCCAAAUUUAACAUAUGCAAAUAUCAGCAACAGCAAAUUGAACUAUGUCAUCCGUGAGCUUAAGUUUCAUAGAAACCAACUUAGAACAGUCGAUUUAUCCCACAAUGUCUUUACAAGGUGGAUAGGGCCAAUACAUGAAUCUCACACAGUUGAAUAUCUGGAUCUCUCUGACAAUUACUGUACACAUAUAGCUCCCACAUUUUUCAUGUUUGCUAGUGGCCUAAAAAUCUUAAAUAUAAGUAGAAAUUACCUCUCAGUGGCUCUUCAAGCGGACAGAAAUGGGCAGAUAUUGUUCAACCAAACAAACUUGGAAGUACUAAGAAUCUCAAAUAAUCUUAUUCGGGAACUGCCUUCAUCAAUAUUUAAGAGACUUACCAGACUCCAGGUUCUUGAUUUAAGUUGGAACAUGAUGACCUCUUGGACUGUUGAGAUUAGCCACAUGACGCACCUCCAUACCUUAGACAUAUCGGAAAACAGAUAUGAAGACAUACCAAUACAACUAACAGAUCAAAUUGACCAAAUACUGAUUCAUAGAAACGACAGUCUUCACCUAAGCAUCAAGGGCAAUAUCUUGAAAUGUGACUGUACGACACUGGACUCAUUAGAGUGGAUAACAAGGCCAUAUAUUUCCAUAAAAGAACCUGGCAGUACACAAUGCAGAUUAUCAGAUGGGGAAAUCAUUACAUUUCUAGAUAUAGAAGAAAUUAUAGUGAAGCUCCAGCUACGAUGUAAAAUUGUAAUUCCUCUGAUAUCCACAGCAGUGGUUGGAAUACUAUUUUCCAUGUUCGUAUUUGGAGCUGGUAUGGUAUACCGAUAUAGAUGGAAGCUGCGCUAUCUAUACUACUCCACCAGACGGAAGUACAGAGGCUACCAGAGACUGAGAGAAGGUGAAGACCAUUUUACUUAUGAUGCCUUUGUUUCCUAUGCUGAUGGAGACAGAGGGUUCGUUAUCGAAGACAUGCGAACUGUACUGGAGAGACACUAUGGCUUGAGGUUGUGCAUCCAUCACCGUGAUUUCAUGGUUGGGGAAGCCAUAACUGCCAACAUCAUCAAUGCUAUUCAGUCAAGCAGGAAGACCAUUGCUGUUUUGUCACCGGAUUUUGCAAAGAGCGCCUGGUGUGACUAUGAAGUCCACAUGGCUAAGCUGGAGAGCAUCCACACUGGAAGAGACGUCCUGUGUGUGUUGUGGUAUACUGACAUACCCGACACGAGAAUCCUCAGUAGAGAUAUCCGGGACCAGAUCAAUUAUGACACCUAUAUUAAGUAUCCAACAGUUGAAAAUGAUAAAAGGGAGUUUUGGGAGAAGAUCAAAGCUGCAGUUAGCUUCUGAGACGGUUGCAUAUGACUCUAGAACGUUCAGCAGAAUGGGUUUGGGCAUUGUACCUAUAUAUUAGGUGUGAUCAUCGAAGCGGGCAUCAGUUUCUCGGAUGUCAACAGUAGGCAUGUAAUCAGUUCCAUAGCAAUAGAGAUGCAAAUGUGCACCUCACGUGAAUUGUGAGUACAGGGUUACUCAGUUAACUUCUUCAUUGAUAUUUCCUGUGAACGGUGAUCAGAUAUGGGGUAGGCCUUGGGGUUUAAAGUGUACCUCGUACUAAACUAGCAAAGAGGAAGCAUGUAUUGCUACACACUACCUGUGUAUAACUUAAUAUGAAAUGGGAACGAGUUUUGCAUUAUAUGUAUUACCAUCGAUAAAUUUUAAUGAGUUGACAAAGUUACAUAAAAGUCUGUGUGUGCUCAUAAGGAGAGCAAAGUGCGUAUGAAUACAAAAUAUGCAAAUGUAAGCAUAUACAUCAUCACUUCCCGUAGGCAUGCCAUAACAUCCUUGGUUUGUGUCGUGACUGCGCACAGCUCGCCAAGGUGCUACUUCCGCACUGUCAGGCUCGCGUCAGGUUUCAUAGAGUGUGCUGACUUGUAAUAUCAUGAGUAAUCAGUCAGUGUAGACAGACAGACAGUUUAUUCAGUAAAAGGCUCUAGGCCAAUAAUGCAGACACUGUUUGAUUACAGGAACUAUGCAUGCCAGUAUAAUGAUUGAUUACGUUUCUCUGGACCUUAUACGAAUAUAUACAUGUGUUUUAUACAACGUCAAAGUUUUCGGAUGAAAUAUCUCGUUACAAAUGUUGCAGUUUGCGAUUUCAUAUAAUGUUUAAGAUACAUACAUCUUAGAGCUGAAAACAUCUCCCAUACAAGCAUUUCAUGAAAUUCAUCUUCAAUAAACGAUCUACCAUUUUCUGUAAAAUAUUUAAAUAAUCGUUCAGUUCAUGGGACAUUUGUGCAUCUCCCCAAAUGAACUGCAAGUUAAAACCAUCUACAUCUGAAACGAGUCAUAUGCAUUUCCGGAAGCACCACUUGAUAUACCACUUGAUAUACUACUUGAUGUCUCAAUGCACGCAUGAUGCUGGUUGAACAGCGGAUGCUCAAACAAUCAGUGACUUCCGAGUGUCAUGAAGGAAUGCGAUUGGCGGCAAGCUGACGCGUGUAAUUAUAUACGGAUCCUUCUGGAACAAAGCUAGCCAUUCCAUUGGCCAGUUAUCACUUGUACAAACCCAUAAAACUGUUUGUUGAUUUCCGAUAAGCCAUCGAUUCGAUCAAGCUCUUGUGGUAUUCAAUAAUGAAAAAAUGGAAUACAUGGUCGUUUAUUUGUGGUUUUCAAGGGUUUAUCCUUCCAGAUACAGAAGGCUGUCAGGAUAUCAAAAACUCCUCUUACAGAUUAUUCGAAUCACUGAAAGCGUCCGACAAGGCUGUGUGUUGAGUCUCUUUCAGACAAAGGUUAUUGCUGUUAGGUUAUGGGUCAACCAAUGUGCUAAUUAUAUACCUACACAGUCUCUUAAAUAAUAUAAAUGACUGUGAGUGAGUGAGUGAGUGAGUGAGAGAGUGAGAGAGUUGGGUUUAACGCCGCGUUUAACAGUAUUCCAGGUAUAU